AAUAUGUAUGCAGAUCAGGUUUACAAGAAAUCAUUCUGUUUUAAAAAAAUAUAAAUUUGGUUGUUCAAACUGAAAUUCUAGAAUUUUAUAAAAGAAAAUAUUGAUUGAUCUUAUAUGUGAACCGACUUGUGAAUUCAAUAAAUUUGCAGUAUUUUUAAAAAUAAUGGAUUCGUUGGUUGCUCAAUCUUCAGAGAAUAAUUCACAAGAAAGUGAAGCUUGUGAUAGUUUAUUUGAUAAAAUUAUUGGACAUAUAGAAGAUCUUAUAAUGGAAAAAAGAUUUCAAUCAGUUCAACAAUAUUAUUUGGAUAAAUAUUGGAGAGUUUUUGAACCAGUUGAAGAGAAUAAAUUAUUAUACAUGGAAAUAUUUAAUGAAUAUAACAAAGCUAUUGAAAGUUACAUUGAUACGAACUUGACAUCAUUGAUACCAAACUUUUCUAUGAACGAUUUCAUAAGUGAACUACUUAAAAGACGUUCGGAGUUGGAAGGAGAAGUUUUUGAAAUUCUUUUGACAUUUACUGACUUCUUAGCAUUUAAAGAAUUGAUUCUAGACUACAGAGCUUUACAAGAAGGCAAAGUUCAAGACUUAAGUAGUGGAAUAACAGUUAAAUCCUUGAGUUGCAUCAAAAUUUCCAUUUGAACUAAACGACUGUUGGUCUCAUUUGGCAUACGGUAUGGAAGAGUUCCGGCAAAACUCGUUAAAGCGCGAGCUUGUUCUCGAAGAUCUGUCAACUGUUGUUCCCUUGCAAUUUCAUCGCCUGGCUCAGUAGACCUUAGCUUUUGAU